AUGACGCUUCAUGACAUUCUUUCUCCUAACCGGAAGAUCUAUGAGUCGCGUACAGCGAGCUCGUAUCUUUCGAGCAGGUUGAUCACCCACAAUGGAGUCACCGUUGCCAUCGCCCUCGGAAGAAGAGAGGACCGCUCUCUCUUUUUCGACUACUCAGUUCUCGACAUGAACGCGGCGGACGCAGAUCCCGCAUCAAAGGCCAAAAACAAGGCCGAUCUGUCAGACCAGCUCGAUUCUCAGUGCUGGCUUGAACAGGCGAAGCCGCUAUCGUUUCCUUCCGAGGUUCGCGUAGCCAGCGAAGAGGCUGUCCCGGUUUACGAGAUUCCCGGGGUCGACCGCACCAACUCACGUGUGAGCGUCGACCAGCCGGAGAAGAGAUGCCCGUGGAAGUCAACCACAGUGAACCUUAUGGACAGAGACGUUACUCACUUUGAGGUCCUCUCCAACGGCAGGUACAUAUAUCUCUUCCGUCAGGGGCAGGCGGCAUCGUCCGCGUGGGCCAACAGCUUUAUGACCGCUGACGGCGAUGGCGUCCCUCCGGUUGAUGGCAACCUUCUUUGCGAUCGGUUCUCGCUCGUCGGCACCAAUCUGAGCCCGGCUCUGGAGGCCCGUUACCGUCGCAGUCGUCAAAAACGUAUUCCGCUAAACGACCAGGACACUCUGGGCAUUCGGGACAUCAAUGACAAGACCUUCUACGAGCCCACGUACUCUCUAAAGUUCAUACGAAAUCUCGUUGGUGGACGCUUUUGCGUCUUGAGGGCACCGACCAUGACGAACGACAUCUAUCGCUGGAUGUUCUUCGCCUACUCCAGCUGCUCGCGUCAGAUUGAAUACACCUCAACUGAUGUGACGAGCGAUGGUCUAUUCGACCUUCAUGGCCAGGUCUACUACACAUGCGAUAAGACUCACCUUCCGACAUUUACCAACGCACCGGGUUCGUGUGUUGCUCUGACGGAGGCCGGCACUGUUUGCGGCAAGCCCAAGAUUCCUAUCGUACCGAAGUGUCCCAAAUCGACGCGGUCUUUGCAGACGGCGUCCGAUGUCUCGCUCAGGCUUCAGCAACCGAUCAACUUCUCCGACGCCAAGUUCGAGGCUGGCUUCACGCUGGAGGCCUGGAUACGUCCCAAGGCUUUCUGGGAUCCGAACGCUGGUCAGUCUUCCACCAAGAACGAUUCCGCCAAGAAGGACGAGGUGAAGAAGGACGAAGGAAAAAAAGACGAGGGGAAGAAAGCCACAGAGCCUUCGAUUUCACUGCCUCCUUCAGGAUCCCUGUUCUGCAUUUUCUCUCCAUCUCAAGGAAGUGGGAUGGCAGUAUACCUCAAUGACAAACUUAAGCUUGUCCUCAGCCAAUCCGGCAGUUCAGAAGUGCUGGCGACAUCUGACGCUGCGCUGAAAGCCAACGCCUGGAACCAUGUUGCGAUUACGUACAGAGGAACCGAUUCUCGCAAUUACACGCUUGUUGUAGACGGCGAGACAGCGGAGACUUCUGGAACACAAAAGCCAUCCGACAUGUACACUCUGCCUCAGUCCUCCCUUCCUGGGACUCUGGCUGGCCUCGACUCCGAGGAGGGCAAGCCUGGGAGUUCUUUCAUUGGUGCCAUUGACGAAGUCCGACUCUGGAGCCAACCCUUCCACCCCGGCACCAUCAGAUCGAGGAUGCACACUCGUGCUACCGGAAUAGAGCCGUUCCUAGAAGCCUGUUGGCACUUCGACGAGGGGGCCGGGGGUCUCGUUUUCGACUGUACCUCUAAGAACCACACGAUCAACGUCACUCAAGCUGACGGGUCAGAACCGAGGCCGAACCUGUGGGAGGCUGCUGCUGCACCCCUGAUAGAAGGUCGAGGCCUUACUCGCAGACAGUUUCGCCUCCCCACAGGUGUCACUGUCUGUGGCGGUAUCGGAACCACCAUCUAUAACGAGCAAGUCACCAUGUCUGAGGCCAAGCCUGAGGAUCCGGAAACGAAGCCAAAGGCGGAGCCACCCAAGCAGAUGAAACGCGGUGCUCGCGUGUUGCUGUGCUUCGUGGCCAAGACCUCUGAGCGCCAACAGAGGCUUGCAGUUCUCGAUUUUGGAUUGCUUUCCAACGGCCUUCUUUGUGAUACUCCCGUAUCACUGCCUCUUCCCGUUAUAAGGCUCUCUCCAAGUGCGCGAGCUUCAACAGAACUCGUCUACGUCGACGCUCAGGGAGUGGAAGUGUUCGGCGGGCUUCUAUUAGAAGACAAGGUGCGGUGUAGCUCUGAAGCACCCUGCGCUUUCGAGUCCGCCACAGGGACAGUUACUGUCUUCUUUCAGAGCGAGGACAAGCUUUUCUCAGCUCUCUAUUACGAUAUCUCGCGCUCCGUCGUCGUGGCUUCCACCUCCGCCCUCGUGGGGCAUGACGGUCUCCUGGCGAGGAGCAAGUUGCGUAAAGCGAAGACCCUUACGAUUAAGACGGAUAUUAGCUCAAACGCACCCAAGAGCUUGGCUAUAAACCUUAUCUUGACAGCCAACAUGGCUGAUGGAUCGAAGGUGGUUGAGACGUGGAAAAAUGUGCCAUCUCAAUUCAGCAAACUCCUUCCUUUGAUCAACGGGACGAGACUUAAGGACAACAAGAACAAAACUUCUCUUGGGACGGCCGAGGCCAAUUCACUGGCACAGGAUACCAGAAGCACGUUUCUCGACAUAUCUUGCUGUAUCAUCAAGCUGGUUCAACCACUUGAGAUAUCCAUUCCAGCUGGAUCUCGAAUCAUGAUAGAAGCUAGUCGCCGAUAUCUCGUUCUGCGAGACGGAAAGCUUGGGGAUGUGACCCUUACUGCAUCUCCGUAUAUGGCCCCUACUCUUGAAACGAAGCUGGAAAGUCUAGUCGUCUGCAUAUUGGAGUAUGAUUUCGAUGUGUCCGUCAGCUGCCAAGGCAAAGCUGCCGGGGACUUCGCUUCGGGAUCGACCUUGGUCGAGUUGAUACCGGGUGCCGAUACGAGCCAACUUGACGGGUGCUUCGAGGCCCCUGUCGAAAGUUCCAUCACCGGAGAUGGGAAGAGCCCCUACUUUUCCUCGUCGCCGGGAUCUACUGCGUUGAAGCUCGGAGGCGACGACGUCUUGACGAUGCUCAGCAACCCCUCCAAGACUGCCCCGUGUUCUGGAAUGACCUUUGAGAGCUGGAUCAAGGUAGAAGAAGCCGCUCGGAACUCCAUCGCUAUUGCGUAUAAGUCCACGCAUUUACCGCGGACCGAAGGAGGCCCCGAAGAACAUCAAAAACUUGUCCUCGGUGUGCCUGCUGUUACCGACCAGCUCACCCUCGUGGGCAACAUCAACGGCUGCAAAUUCUCCCUCAGUCCACAUGCCGAGCUAGAGUGGGACACAUGGGCUCAUAUGGCAUGCUCGGUGCGUCAUACUUUUGCUCUGAAGCUCACAGGGACAGAGUACGUGGAUUUGGGCGAUGCUCAAGAAUUCAAUGUGUCGGAUUUCACGCUUGCCUUCACGUUGAAGCUCGACAAGAUUGGCCCAGAGGAGCAGAUCCUCUUUUCCAAGGCGGACUCCGCAACCGACAAGAAGACACCUUUAUGCCUUAAGGUCACUUCGGAAGGUCGGCUUCGAUUGGAGUACCUGGCCGAGGAUGAGAAUGGGGGCACGUGGUCGGAGACUUCCUUCGAAUCGCGUUCUGGGACUCUCCAGGCUGGAGUCGCCUAUAAGAUAUUUGUCUCGCGAAAACUAGACUAUGCGAACAAGCCGGACCCAUCUUCAAAAAAGGUGACGAACACGCCGUCAGUAAGCAAGUCGAACGAAUCAAAAGGAAAAGCGACGGAUUCAAGCGAGUACAAAGCACUCAGACCGUGCCAACUUGUCACGAUGCGUGUUUGGGACGCCGAUGGAGGAUUGCCUAUCAAAGAGACACCACGAACAGUUGCGGAGAUCACCAAGACAGUAAACGGUUGGGAGGGCAAGAUCCCAUUCUUGGAUUUAAACCCCGAAAUACAUGGCCAAGCCCAGAGCAACGAUUCGCCCCUGUAUUUCGGCGGUGCUCCUUGGGCUGGAGGAAAGGGACUCUGCGGCUCGAUCGGCUCGAUAUUGCUCUACUCCGCCGCCACUGCCGUAGCAGACGUUGCCACAAGCUUGUGCUCAACGUCGGCAUCCGAAAGGUCACUUCUCGGAUGGUGGUCAUUCCGCAAUGUCAGCGGCUCCUCCAUCGUUGAUGAGCUCGGCCGCAAUCACGGCAAGCUCAAGGGACAAGCGGCAUGGGUACCGUCGCCGUUUGAAGCAGACAACCAACUCCGCAUUUUUGUGAACGGCGUACCGGUUGACGUAAAUCGUUCAGGUCAAGUGCCAGACUUGCUGAAAGAUGAACCAGUGGGCACUCAUCAGCUGACACUGGGCAACAUCAUGCUCGGUGACGACACAACACGAUACCUCGGCGAAGCCAACAACUUCCGCGGGAAGCUUGACGAGCUACGAAUAUGGUCGACACCACGGACCAGAGAGAACAUCUGCGACUCGAUGCACACGCGCUUGCCCAAUGUUCCAUCUGAUAUGGCGGUUUACUUAUCGUUCGAUAACCAGGACUCAGUCAUUCGGCUUCCAGGUGUCUCGGAGAGCGGCGAGUCAGCAAUCCUCAUAGAUGAUUCCAUCAACUGCUGGCAUCUGACGGCACUCCACGGAGGUUCUCCCAAGAAGGUCCCUUCCAGUGCUCCCAUCGGAUAUGACGCGCCAUGCGUAACACACGUCUUGAGCUCUGCAGUCCAGGCUCACGGGGGCGAACCCCUAUUGAUUAAAAGCCGUCCUUCCGUUUCUGAGUAUGGGGACAUGCAGAUUGGUGCCAGUGGAUCUAUGGAAGGCAGCUACAAACGAGCUUACACCUAUAUCAACGAAGGCGACUGGUCUCUUGUCACUGGCUUCCGCCUUGGCUCACUUCUCACGGAAUGGGUCAGUCAAGUUCAAACAGCGCCCACGCUCAUCGGCUAUAUCGAAGGUGCGCCGCCACUUCCUGCCGACAGCUUUACAGACCCAAACAAGAGCCCCUCCACCUCCGUUCGAUUUUCUCAAGCCAAGCGCUGCACGUACUCCUACAGUUCGGGCUCCGAUAGUGGCCAAGGUGUAGAAACAACCGCCACAUAUGGCGGGGGAUUGGAAUGGAAGGUCAGUGUUGGCGUGGGCGUCCAGACGAGCGCCGGCAAGGCCGAAACCGAUGACAGUCUCAAGCGAUCCAUCAACAUCUCCAACAGUAACGUCCGAAACGAGGUCUCGACAUCCACAACCAACGCCAACAUGGAAAUGCGAGUUGAGCUCACCGGAGCCUGGGACACCGACCCAAAACAACCCAGCAGCAAGAUAUUCGCGGCCGCUAAUACAGGCCUGGCUCUCGUUGAAAGCGAAGUAGCCGACGUCUUCGCGCUCCGUCUGCAAACUCGCGCGCCCAUGGCACCCCUCGUUGCAUACCAGAUACGACCCAACCCGGACAUCCCCAAAGACCGCAAUCUUGUUUCCUUCGAGUUGAACAAAAUGUACACCAAGCAAGGCUGCCUUGAUGGGCGGCGCGGCCUCGGAAAUGAUGUCGACUACCCUUCCACGUCAACUAGCGCGCCUAAGGACGCUUCUUACUUCAAGCCCGCCGAAGCCUACGCUCUCAAAGACCGAAUCCGGCGUGCGGAGGAGCAGCGUGACGGCGAGUACGAGCGCUACAAUCUGGAAUACACAGACCUCAUCAAGCACAAUCUAUUCGGUCGAUCGCUGCCCCGGCGAGUAUCCCGGAGCAUUUGCAAUUCGUAUGUGUGGACCGCCGAUGGUGGAACGUACCAAGAAACCAACUCUACACUGGACAUGGUGCGAAGCGAGGUAGGCGUCAGUCUUGACGCACUCAAGAGCGACGGCGUGGAACUAUCUGAGAAGAUAACGGCUGGCGUGGCUAUGCAAUACGGCGGCCUGGAUGCCAUGGCCAGUUUGCACUACAACUUCAACAUGACGAAGGACAAAGAAGCGGAGGAGGGGUUCGAGCUGAAGGCGGACCUCCCGCCAGCCGUAGACCUUCGGGUUCGCGAUGAAAACACCAAAAUAGUCUCCAAGACUCCCGGCGCGGUGGACUGCUACCGCUGGAUGAGUUUCUGGCUUGAGCCCAGCGUUGAGGCGACGGACGUUUUCUUCAAACAGGUCCUCAAUCCUGUAUGGCUCGAAGGGUCUCCUGAGCCUAACGCAGCGCUUCUCCGGUCUCUUCGCGAGAAUCUUUCCACGAAGACCGGCGACACCCGCACCAAGGCCUGGCGGGUGCUGCACCGCUGCACGUACCUCAGUCGUGUUCCAGAGCCCAUCAAGAGCCGGCCCGCCGAGACCGCGCCUGCGGAGGAAGCGCCGAAGAAGUCGUCUAUGCUCGCGGAUUUGUCGUGUAACUGGAUGACUGAGUUCUACCACAGCAGCAGCGCCUUCGUGAACGGGCAGAUCGUCUACAAUCUCUUCAGCCAGACGAAUCGUGAGAAACACAAGAAACUGAGACAGCCGAUUGAGAAGUAUUACUCCCCAUCUAGCGUCGUGUCUUUGGAACGGAACAUCGACAAUGUCAUCGAAAUGCUCUGUCGUCAGCUUGAGACAAGGUUCAUGGAGGGUCCAAAUUCUGAGGAAGCGGUCGUCGAUCUGGACGCUUGGGAUCUUAUCGGCUCUGUCACCUUUUCGCAGCCCUUCGGAUACCUUGACACGGGGUACGACUUUGACAAUACACUCGCCAAUGCCGAGAAGGCUUUGGAUUACUUCGUCACGGUCGGCGCCGCACCGUUCCUAGACCGUCUUCUGGACAAAAACCCCCUUUUCCGCAUCGGCCCGCCGGGUUUCAACAACAUCACUGGUGUCACGGUCGGGCAUUUCCACGAAAGACUGGAAGGGGCCCACGGCGAUCUUUAUGACCCCAACCACCCGGACUUCCUAGAUAAGUUUCUUGAGGCCCAAAAGUCCGACCCGGAGGGCGUCGACGACGUCCAGAUUAUCUCCUGGCUCAUGGUCAACAUGGUCGCUGGCGCAGACACGACUGCGAUCGCGAUCCGGAGCUCGCUCUACUUCUCCCUGAAAGACCCCCGCGUGUGGCGGAGGUUGACGGACGAGGUUCUCCAGCGCAACUUCGAUAUCACACCACCAGCUUACAAGGACGCGAUCGCUCUGCCAUACCUCGAUGCGGUUGUCCGCGAGGCUCUUCGUGUGUUGCCUGGUGUCAGCAUGACGAUGGAGCGUUACGUGCCGUCCGGCGGCAUAACGCUUCCUUCGGGUGACUACGUCCCUGAGGGUUACGUCGUGGGGAUGAAUCCCUACAUUACGAAUCGCAUUCCUGCCGUUUACGGUCAGGACGCUGAUGAGUUUCGUCCUGAAAGGUGGCUGCGCGAUGAGCAGGCUGGAGAGACCGAAGAGGAAUAUGGAGUGCGACUGAAGAUUAUGAAGGCCUACGAUCUCACUUUCGGUGGCGGACGCCGUAGCUGUAUCGGCAAGCACAUGGCGUUGACUCAGGUGUACAAAGUUCUCCCUACGUUGAUCUCUCGCUAUGAGAUUGAGUUGGUCGACAAAGAUGCGAAUUGGAAGGUCACGAACAGUUGGUUCCCUCGCCAGGAAGGCCUGAGGGUGAACAUCAGGAGACGACUUUGA